CCUGCCUUUUUCAUUUGCAGCAUAUGCUAUAGAUUAAAAUAUGGUUUUCUUUAAGCAUUUUGUCGUUCCGAUUUUCUUGCUGCAGAGUAUUUUGAUUAUUUUCCCACACUUGAUUCAGCCUCAGGAUCUAUCAGGAUUUAUCAACAUAGACUGUGGAAGUUCAGAGAUGUCGAAUUACAUAAAUAAAACAAUGGGCAUCAGUUUAAGCUACCUUUCAGAUGAAAACUACACAGACAGCGGUGAAAAGAAAGUGAUAUCUCAAGAAUACAAGGACCAAAUGGCUAACGAACCGCAGCUUUGGAAUGUUCGAAGCUUCCCAAAUGGUGCCAGAAACUGUUACACUGUGAAGCCAACACGAGCCCAAGGCACCAAGUAUUUGAUCCGAGCAACGUUUUUGUAUGGAAACUACGACAACAUAGACCGACCCCCAACUUUUGAUUUGUACAUUGGGGUUGAUUAUUGGGAUACGUUAUCAAUUGAAAAUGCAUGGACCCCAAUUCGCCGUGAAAUCAUAUAUGUACUUUCAUCAGAUCGCUUACAUGUUUGUCUAGUAAACACAAAAAACGGAGCUCCAUUCAUAUCAACUUUAGAGCUAAGACCUCUAGCAGACGAAAUUUAUCAAACAAAAAAUGGCACGUUCCUAAAACUUCGUGGUCGGUCUGAUUAUUCAUCGUCAACCGAUGACGAAAAGUUGAGGUACAAGGAUGAUAUAUAUGAUCGUUUGUGGAGGUCCCGUGGGAGAAAGGAGUGGUCCCCAUUCUUAACUACUUCUCUUAGUGAUGUAAACUCUAUCGAAAAAGGCGAUUACGAAGUACCGUUCACCGUCAUGAACACUGCGUACACCCUUGACAGAAAUAGUACUGAUGACAUUAGUAUUGAAUGGGAAAGCAUGAGCAGCACCGAAAGGUAUUUCCUGUACCUGCAUUUUGCGGAACUCGAACAACUCAACGAGAACGAAAAAAGAGAAUUCGAUAUCUACGUUAAUGAUGAUGAAGAUUCCUGGUACGAUAACAUGUCUCCCGAAUACUUGAGCGGAAAAGCCAUCCAGAGCACCGAAGGCGUAGAAGUUGAAGGUGGAGUAAAACUGAGUAUUUCGCUCAGCAAAACCAAAAACUCAACGCUGCCGCCCCUUAUAAAUGCCAUGGAGAUUUACAUGCAAAAAGAGCUCUCACAAAAAGAAACCAACCAAAUGGAUGAAAAAGCUAUGUGGAAUGUCAAGGAAGUAUAUGGAUUAAAGAGAAACUGGCAAGGAGAUCCUUGUAACCCUGGCAAUUUCACGUGGGAUGGUGUUGGGUGUGAUUCCAAUAAUUCGUCUAACAUUGUGUCUUUGAAUCUGUCGUCAUGUGAACUAAAGGGGGAAAUCGCUUCUUCCAUUGCCAAUCUGACCAUGUUAAACAAUCUGGAUUUAUCAAACAACAGCCUGAACGGGGCCGUGCCUGAAUUUUUGGCUCAACUUUCAUCCUUAAAAUUUUUAAACCUUAAAGGAAACAACCUCACUGGCCCAAUCCCAGACGCACUCCUUCAAAGAUUGAAGAAUAAUCAAUUAUAUUUAAGCUUUGAUGCAAACAUGAACAGUAGUACUCCAUCUCCGUGCUCAUCGUGCGAAAAAAAUAAAAAAAAAAUUGUUGUCCCACUGGUUGCUUCACUCGGCGUAUCACUAGUUAUCGUAUUUAUUAUUGUGUCAGUAAUUUGGAUCUUCAAAAGAAGAUCAAGACGGCCAGCGGCCCCUAAAGAUUUGAGGGGUUAGAAAAUUCUAAUUACUGUAACAUUAUCGAUCCAAGACUGGAAGGGUGUUUUUGUGUUAAUACUGUUUGGAAAACUAUUGAAAUAGCAAUGACUUGUCUCUCGAAAACUUCCUCCAAUAGGCCAACUAUGCAUCACGUAGUAACUGAAUUAAAGGAGUGUUUGGCAGCAGGGUUAACCUGGAAGAACAGCAAUAGUACGGUUGAAUCAAAAGAUUUGUCGGUGGAAAUGAUGAACUAUAGUACGCCCUCAGAACAACAUAUUCCUCUAGCUAGGUAGUUCUUAAAUACAUGGAUGUCAUUAUUCUUCUAAAAAGUAAAAGCUUAAUUAAGAUGGCU